AUGGAAACCAAAAGGCUAAACGAAGACCAAACAGAGGCCUUAAAAAGAGAAUAUCAAGCAGUGAUGAAACUAAAUGAGACAUUUACAGCAGUAAACGACAACUUAAUUGGAGCGAGAGAAAAGUUGCAGCAAUUUGCAGAUACAAUGGAUCAAACAGAUACACUCCUUGAUAUAUGGAUAAAAAUAUUAUCGCAGAGUCUCCAUACACAACGACUACUGUCAGAUCCAUCAUGGCAAGGUCAGACCACGGUAACUUUCACACUCUAUACCUCUUGA